ACUCCAAAGUCCAUCAUUACUGUCUAUAUACUUUUGAGUCUCUGUUCUCACCAUUUCCAAAAAGUCUCCUCCACCGCCAUUCUGAGACCCCACUCUCCUCCUCCCACGAGUCUCCACAGAUCAGACAUGAAGCCUAAAACUACAUGACCACUUGAGUUUUUCCAUUUCAUUUCUCCGUCGAAAUGGGUAAUUGCUGCGCUAGCACCGCCGUCAAAGGACCGUCGUGUUCUCGUUCUGCGCCAAACUCCAAACAGAGAAUUACAGCUCCGCCGCUCACCCACCCGUUGUUGCUGGAGGAGGAGACCGUUAAGGAGGUUCUUUCUGAAACCCCCACCGUUCCCAAGCCUGUGGAUUAUGGGCCCCACAAACAUCCGCCAUUCACCCCGGAGCAGGAGAAGCUGCAGCGCCAGAACGACGGGGAUAUCAAGAAACCCGCCGCCGUGACGGAUUUCAACCCCGAGGAGCUCUCGGAGGACUUCUCCGCCUCGGAGAUCUGCAGCACUCUCAGCGAGAGUGUUCCCGCCACUACGCCGACCGACAAGCCGCAGAGGUCGCCGGCGAGGGUCCGGAACCGGGCAUUUCCCGGCGAGGUGAUCAGAGAGAAAUCGGUUGGAAACUCGCCGUCGAGGCGGUUCGAACCGUCGUCUCUCGGCCGAGUCAGAUCAGGAACCGGGAGAGAUUCUGGUCGCCGGUCCCCUGCCGGCAGGCCAAGGAAAGAAAACUACGAAAACUCUGGACGGAGGUCAGUGUCGCCGGCGACGAGGAGGGAAAUCGGAGGAGCAAGAACGGGCUCGGUUCGGAGCCCGUCCGCCAGAAAAACCGGAAAGUCACCGGGUCGGGUAAGAUCCGAUGUGGGCGACAAGAACCGGAAGUUGAACAAAGACAUGAAAGAAAAAUGGGAAACGACAAAUAGCAACGAAUUGCUGGAAAACCCACUUGUAUCCCUGGAAUGCUUCAUUUUCCUUUAGGACUUGUACUGGUUGAACCGUAAUUUCAAUAUAAAACCAGGUACUUUUCAAAGUUCCAGAAA